AUUUCCCAGGAAAGGUAUUCUCCUCAGGACCGGUAUUACUCCUCUAACUCGCGUACUCUACUCGCUCCGAGGGCGUGCUGCUCGAGGGUUUUCGUCGGUGCUGAUUCUAGAGAUAUCCUAAUCAGUUCCCCUCGAGCUCCCGAUGACUUCGUCGGCGUUCCUCCAUACCGCCGCCCAAUUGGUUUCUCUCCGUCACAAGAGCUUCGUGAUUUCCCGCGCUUCUCCCUGUCUCCCGGCUGUGAGUUGCAGACUGGUUGGACCGUUGCAAUCGUCUAACAAUGGCGUACUGCCGGGCAUCUCACUCUUCAGUGAGAAGAUAUUACCUGGGCCUUUGACACUACCAGGAACGAGAGAUGCUGGCCCCAAGUACGACACGAGACUGCGUAUCUUCUCAGGCACUGCCAAUCCGUCUCUUUCUCAGGAAAUUGCUAGCUAUUUAGGCCUGCAACUUGGUAAGAUCAACAUAAAGCGUUUUGCAGAUGGGGAAAUUUAUGUUCAACUACAAGAGAGUGUUAGAGGAUGUGAUGUCUUUCUUGUUCAACCAACCUGCCCACCAGCAAAUGAAAAUCUUAUGGAGCUUUUGGUGAUGAUUGAUGCUUGUCGUAGAGCUUCCGCAAAAAACAUCACUGCAGUCAUACCUUAUUUUGGCUACGCAAGAGCAGAUAGAAAGACACAAGGUCGUGAAUCUAUUGCUGCAAAGCUUGUAGCUAACUUGAUCACAGAAGCAGGUGCAAACCGCGUAAUUGCGUGUGAUUUGCACUCGGGGCAGUCCAUGGGAUACUUUGAUAUUCCAGUUGAUCAAGUGUAUGGCCAGCCUGUGAUACUUGACUACCUGGCUAGCAAGACAAUUUGUUCAAAUGAUUUGGUAGUGGUAUCACCUGACGUUGGAGGAGUGGCUAGAGCACGUGCAUUUGCAAAAAAGUUAUCUGAUGCACCUCUUGCCAUCGUUGAUAAACGGCGUCAUGGGCAUAAUGUAGCUGAGGUGAUGAAUCUGAUCGGUGAUGUUAAAGGAAAAGUUGCUGUGAUGGUGGAUGACAUGAUAGAUACUGCUGGUACGAUUGCGAAGGGUGCAGCGCUAUUACAUCAAGAAGGGGCAAGGGAGGUUUAUGCUUGCAGCACACAUGCUGUCUUUAGCCCUCCUGCAACUGAGAGAUUGUCUAGUGGCUUGUUCCAGGAAGUUAUCGUCACCAACACUAUUCCUGUGUUGGAACAACAAAAUUUUCCCCAGUUGACUGUUCUUUCUGUUGCAAACCUGUUAGGCGAGACAAUAUGGCGUGUUCAUGAUGAUUGCUCAGUUGGUUAUGCACCCUAUUCGAGUUUGGACAUCGACUGAUGGUUCUUUUCAAUUCAGUGUUGCUGACUAUCAUGCAUUACUUGUUUGGUGACUGAAGAAACGUUCAACAGAAUAGCUGGAAAAUCACUCAAAAAAAAAAAAAAGAUACAGACCAAGGAACAUGCGAUUUCUAUGGGGUUUGACUGGGUAAGCAGAAGUACAAACUGUAUUUUUUAUGAUUUGAUUCUCUUAUCUGUACUCACCAAAUUACUACUGUAAUAAUGAGGGAGAUAUCAUGAAGUUUUCUUGGAGAUUAGAAAUUUAA